CACUGGAAUACAUAAAAGCCUUCUGGUGAGACUCUCAGGGAGGGCUGAACUCAGUGGUCACCUGAUCUAUUCUUGGCCAAGUGUACCAUGCACUCCGUGGGGGAGCACUGGGAAAUCUCAGAGCACCUGACGAGUGUUGCACCCACAUUGCACAACUGGGCAAUUGCACACCCACAGCUCAGAGGCUCACCAAGUACAUGCCGACUUCACAGAGCUGUGCGUGCUUGCAACCAGGACUGACCUCACAGUCCCGUGUUUUGUGUUUAGCUAGGGGAUUCCAGGUCGUCCAAAACUUGGCAAUCUACCAUCAAAAUAAAACCCCCAGUCUACCAAACUCCGUGGGCCUAGCUGCUGGACGGGAGGGUCACAGUGGGAUAACCUCAUAGUACAGGCGAGAUCAGCAAACGUCGCUCCUUCCCCAAAGUGAGGCCACUCUGGAUGGCUUGCUUGGUAAGAAGCAUUCAGGUUCUAAGGGAGGGAGGGCAAGGUCUCAUCUGGAAAGAGUCUAAACCUAGCUCAUAGUUACACAGCUUUCGCCUGCUUCAUCUGUCAAUUAAAUUACUUUUUAAAAAAUGUGCGCUCAAUGCUAACGCAGCCGCUGCUCCUCCUGGACGGUUUUGAAAAACAAGCGGUCUCAGAUGGUCAUUUCAUUUUAAAAUAAACCCUAUAAACCGAGUGGGCCCUGGGAAAAUAAAAAGAGCUGUUUGAGAUAGAAGAAUUUCCCAGAUAAAAAACGGUGGUAACUGUCUGCAAGGUGCGAAAUCCCACCCGCUUCCCAGGAUCCCACUCAGUACAGGGUCCCGUGCCGGCUGGGGUGCAGGACAUGUGCCCCAGGAGCAGGAAGUGAAACUACUACCCGAGUGCUCAAGUCGUCCCCUCCCACGAUGUCCCCGGUUGGCUGCGUCCUGUGGUCGAUGCAGAGACCGAGACAACCUCCGGGGCACCAGGAUGGCUAGAGGCUGGCUUCAGGGCCCUGGGAGAAGGCAGGUCUCUGGGAGUUCCCUGCAGGGAGUCGGGGUGUAGAAAGGGAUCUCAGUGCGGGACAAUCUUGGAGAGGGUCUCCGAGUGGUGGUCUCCGUGGGCUGUGGACUCCGGGUCCCCCACUGGGGCGUGCACUGAAGCUGUGGAUCCCCCGGCUCGGGGGCCUUGGCUGUACGGUGCACGCGAACCCUCAUGGGGUUCCUCGCAGAUCUCCAGCUCCAGCCUGAACACAAAGAUUCAAGACAGAUACAUGAAGAUCCCAGAAAGAGCUGCACUGACCUCGUUCCCUUGGACAAGCCGCAGCGUAGAGCCCCGAAGCCCCGUGUUGGCCCCAGGACUCCUUUGGCAUACAGUUCAGGACAAUGAAUCCCACGGGUGAUGGGGGCAUGUCAGAGAGCAUUUUUGACUUGGACUACGCCUCCUGGAAUAUCCGUUCCACUCUGAUAGUCGCCGGCUUCUUCUUCUACCUGGGUGUCUUCAUUGUGUGCCACCAGUUGUCAUCUUCCCUGAAUGCCACUUACCGUUCACUGGUAGCCAAAGAGAAGGUCUUCUGGGACCUGGCGGCCACGCGUGCCGUCUUUGGUGUUCAGAGCACGGCUGCGGGCCUCUGGGCUCUGCUGGGGGACCCCAAGCUCCAUGCCGACAAGGCGCAGGGUCAGCAGAACUGGUGCUGGUUUCACAUCGCUACGGCAACAGGAUUCUUUUUCUUUGAAAAUGUUGCAGUUCACCUAUCCAACUGGUUCUUCUGGACAUUCGACUGGUUUUUAGUCAUCCACCAUCUGUUUGCCUUCCUUGGAUUUCUUGGCUCAGUGAUCAAUCUAAAUGCUGGCCACUAUCUAGCUAUGACCACAUUGCUCCUAGAAAUGAGCACCCCGUUCACCUGCAUUUCCUGGAUGCUCUUGAAGGCCGGCUGGUCCGAUUCCCUGUUUUGGAAGGUCAACCAGUGGCUGAUGAUCCACAUGUUCCACUGCCGCAUGAUCCUAACCUACCACAUGUGGUGGGUGUGCUUCUGGCACUGGGAUGGCCUGGUCAGCAGCCUGGCCCUGCCUCAUUUUGCACUCUUCCUGCUUGGACUGUUCUUGCUCACAUUAAUCCUGAAUCCAUAUUGGACCCAUAAGAAGACUCAGCAGCUUCUCAAUCCCGUGGAUUGGAACUUCGCACAGCCAGAAACCAAGAGCAGUCGGCCGGAAAGGACCAAUGGUCAGGUGCUGCAGAAGAAGAGACCGUAGCUGGGGACCGGCCACUCCUGCGACGCCAGCAGAUGGGGCACAGCUCCAGCAGUAGUGACUUUGUAAAUUAACACGGUAGCAAAUGUUUCGUGUUUAGUUCUAAGUGGAAUACUGACUUUCAGUCUCAUUAGCAUUAACGUUGGAGUAGCCACAAAGUAUUUUGAAGACCUCGGUUCACCUUUAGGAGCAGAUAUUUGCCAUCCUGAUUUCUUCGGCUGGUCUGGCUUUUUCCUGUAAUCUUGGCCAUGUUGGCCACGUUGAGCAUCAAAGAAAGGAAUUGUGGUGUCGAGGCAUUUCAUGCUGCUGAGCAAGGAGGAUGGCCUUACUGUGACACCUGAAGUGACUUCCUAUAGCAGGUGCCACGUAGUGGAUGUGGUUGAGUCGGUUCUUUGAUUCUUCAGUCAUAUGUUCACGUUCUAUAUGUCUUAUGCAAACGUUGUAUUCAUUUUUGUUGGAAAGAAUUGGCCUAAGAUAGACAAUAAUGUGAUAUGUUACCCUCCUUAACUUUCCUGUUUGAGAUGUGAAAACCAGAUGUGUGGCAGCGCCAUCUCGUGGCCAGUGGUAUAAAGACACCGUUGUGGGGUAGUGACCCUGUGAGAGAACAGAGCUGCAGUGGGGUUUUCCUUCCCCAAAGUCAAGAUGAAAUCAAGUGUUUUUUCUUUCUUUCUUUUUUUAAUCAGAAACCUGUUUUUAAAUGAGAGUUUUAAAAUUCAUAAUGUGUUGCUCAGUUGACAAAACUAAAGUACCUACUUUAGUUUGCUAAUCAGAUUUGCCUAAAUUUUAGAUUUUUCAUUGGCUUUAUUGCCCGUAGGUACCCACAUUAUGAACACCUUGGUUGGUGUUUUUCUAUGGAUUCCAAGACCAUGUGUAAUGAGGCCGGCAAGUGGUAUGGUGGUUAAGGGUGCUGGAUUCCCACAUGACCAACCAUGGUUUGAGUCCCAGACCUGCAGCUUGCUUUCUCACUUUCUCUCUCUCCCCUUUUCUGGUCAAAUUUAAAUAAAUAAAUAAAGUUUAAUAAAAUAAUUCUUAAAAAAAUAAAAAAGACUGUAUGUAAUAACUUCCCUAAGAGCUGAGGGCUGGGCCUGGAUACCCUAGAAAGGCUUAGUCAUGGGGCCCAGGGACCCCUAAACCAGUCUGCAGCCUCACCAGGUGAUGGGUUCCCAGAUGCUGCUUUGCUGUGUUGUGGCCAGGUGGAAUUUAAAUACCAGCUUAGGGGUUUUGAUAGACAUACAAAAACUACACUUGCUAAUGACUAUGCAAUUAAAAUUCCGUUUUAUUUUUUCAAUAAAAGCACCUUUAAAGUGUUUGUGGAAAAUAUGUGUUUGCUGCUCAUGGAAAUGAUGUGUGACGUGUGCUUGUUAGGUUCGUGGAACUCAGAAAGCGUGUUUUGGUUGCCGGUACUUUCCCUGUAUUGAUUAUAUUCAGGUCCAGAUACAUCAGACCUACUCAUCUCAUUUUAAGAAAUGAUUUGAAUCCUAAACAUAACCAGCAAAUCAUGUCUCUACUAAGACUAUUAACCAAAAACCCCGGAGCUCCUGACUUCCUGUGUUCUCUGCAGUUCUUGCCCUUCCUGUGGGAUCAGCAGGGGUAGGUGAUGUUUUUUAGCAGAAGAUUAAUAAAGUCACUGAUGUUCACGAAA